AUGAGCACCUGGAUGAACGAAGCCGCGGUCCCCAACCAUAAUGGCAACGGCUUCCCACACAUGAACGAUCCUAACGCGGCCGGAGCCAUGAUGGAUCCCUCCGCCUUCAUGGGCAGCCCUGCCCAUUUCAAUCCCGCCCAGUUCGCCAAUCCUCAACAGGCUCAGCAGGCACAGCAACAACAGGUUCAGCAACAGCAGCAGCAGCAGCAGAUGGCUGCCAUGCAAAAUGGUCAAAUGCGCAACGCCUCUCCGUCAUCCUUUCAGAAUCCCGCCUAUCAAACAAACCCCGUUAUUCCAUCGAAACGACCUCGUCCUCGCGAAGAUAGCCUCGCCGGCUCACCGCGACAAAAUCCCGGCAUGUUGCCAACGUCGCGCUCCGAAACGCCUCAGACCUUCCCCGGUUACCAGCCCGGUAUGCCCCAACAGGCGCAAGGCCAACCUUCGCCGUAUCCCCAUCUCCAAGCCAACGGCUCUGCGAACGCGACACCCUCCCCCAUCAUGGCGAACCAGUUACGACCCGGAAGCGUGCCUCAGCGAGUUGCGACCGCGUCACCACAUCCCUUCUCCCCCGGUGCGCAACAAUUUGCGCCUCAAGCGUCACCGAAUCCCUCCGAGCACAGCACACCGCAACCGAAUCACUUCAUGCAACAAAAUAUGCCCAACAUGCCUCAAGGCUACAAUCCGAACUUUAACCCCUCGCCUUCUCCUGCGCGACCCUCACCUAACCCGAAUGCGAUGGCGGGCUCUGGCAUGAUGCCUCAACAGAUGGGACAAAUGCCCCAGCAAAUGGGCCAGAUGCCGAACCAGAUGUUACCCCCGAAUAUGCAACCGCGCAAUGCCAUGGAGCACCAACAAAUGGCAGCUUACCAGGCACGGCUCCAGAAGCAGCUGCAACAAGGAACAAUGCAGGGAAUGCAAAACAUGCAGAAUAUGCAGAACAUGCAAAAUAUGCAGAAUAUGCAAAUGGCAGCCCAAAUGCAGGCUCAGAACAUGGCGCAAGGCCGUGGGAUGAUGCCGAAGCAGCCCAUGCAGAUGCCCAACGGCCAAAUGCCUUCAGGCGGCAUGAGGCCUCAACCCCAGCAGCGACAGAUGCCUCGAACCGAUCCAGAGCAGUUUAUGAAGAGUCUCACCACUUUCAUGACUGCCAAGGGCCAACAGCUCGAUGCUAACCCAGUCAUCGGCAACCGGCCCGUCAAUCUCUUGACGUUGUUCCAAGCCGUGCAGAGCAAGGGAGGGUACAAGCCUACGACUGCUGGGAAUCAAUGGCCUCAUGUUUCCAACGGCAUUGGAUUUCACCCGGGCCAAAUUCCCCAGGCGCCCCAGGUGUUGAAGGAGAUAUACGAGAGGAACCUCCUGAGAUUUGAGGAGGCUUGGGUUGCACAGCAAAGUCGACAACGCAUGAUGGCGCAACAACAACAACAGCAGGCUAUGCCAAACCAGCCAAUGCCGCCAGGCGCGCAGUCCCAAUCAACACCCACAAAGCAGAUGUCUCCUCAAGGGCCGAUGCCGCCUCAGCAGCAGCAAAUGAUGCAACCUGGUCAACCGCCAAUGCCGCCUCAAGCUCAAACUCCUGUCAAGCAAGGGUCUUUCAGCAGUCAGCCUGCGUCUGUCAAUGGUUUCCAAACUCCUCAAGCUCCGGGGCCACAUACGCCAGCGAGUGCGCAGCAAGGCCAUGCUCGGAAUAGCUUGUCUCGCAGCGUAGAACCGACACCGGGCCACCCUCAAGGGUUCCCAGCAGCUUCUCCGGCGUCAGUUAAGGGCGGAGGAUUGCCCAUGCCUGCACCUCCUGGCUUGGAUCAGAACCCCAUGGCAGCCUCGAUCAAGCCCCGUAUGCUGCGGCUGGCUCAAGAAUCAGACGAAUACACGCCCAGUGCUCGCCCCCUGGAGACCUACGGUGGUAUCAACAUUCGUGCUUUCGACUUGAAAGGCUUGGAGCUUCAAGGCCUGAAGCCAGACAUCCCGCCCCCAUAUGAACUUGGAUACGUAGAUUUGCACGCUCUUACACGAAGCUUGGAGUCUGGAAUUCACGGCGAAGUACGACUUGCUCUUGAUACCCUUGCCGCUGUCACAUCUACCCAGCACCAGGCCCUGCAUAUUCAUCUCAAGUACUGCGAAGAGCUCAUCGAAGCAUUAUUGGAGUGUGCUGAGGACCAGCUCGAUUUGCUUGUCGAAAACACCGAGGAAGCUUCCUCAGACAUUCAAUUGACUCCCUACGAGGACGUGGCUCGUGCCUGCUGGACCGAUAAGAUGGGCGUGAAGGAGCUGCCCAAGUUCGGAUCUCCCGAGUACGAACUCGAUCGUGCUGUUGACCGGUUCUCUUGCGUCAUCACCAUCUUACGCAACCUUUCCUUCCCCGAAGCUUCAAACGAAAACCAUCUAGUCCUCGGUGACGAGCUAGUCAUAAAGUUCCUCUGCGCCGUCAUCAGAUAUCUUGGUACGAGGACCUUGUUGUUCCGAACGAAUGCAAACACCCUCGAGUUCAUGAAAGACGCCAUCAUUCUACUCUCCAACAUCGCAGGCGCAGUCGAAAUACCUGGCCGUGAGCAGGCCUUGUCUUUUGCACCAGCACCUGGACCGGCUGUGGUGGACAACAAGCUCUACUUUCCUCCUUAUCAGCCUGGCGUUCACACCUACACUUUCCAUGCCGUCGAUGCGUUGGCUAGGUUCCUGGCUCGUGAUGAACCGAACAGGACGCACUACAAGACACUCUUUGCCAUGGAAGCCAACAGCAGCCCGCCAUACGACUUGUUGACACGCUCGUUUGCUCUGGCUACAACGGUCAUACCCAUCCAGUCACCAGAAUCCAUCGUUGCACACAUCGAGGCCCCGGAGAAGUUCUUCAGGCUUGUCGAAGACCGGAAGCCUUGGCUGAUGCAAGGUCUAUUGGCUACAGAUAUCAUCGCAUCCCUCGCACCCGGGUAUGAGACAGGAAUUGCUAAAUCAUGGCUUUCCAGUGGUAAUGGCUUUGCUCAAUCUCUGUAUCACUUUGUGCAAGUGCUUGGAGCUCAAUUUGAGCAGCCAUGGCAAACACGGAGCGGCCAAGGAGACCCCGCAGGUAGAGAUACCGGAUUGGUCUACAUUGCUACGUCCGGCAUCUCGACCCUCCGCAGGUUAGCAGAGAAGGCGCGGGAUCCCAAUGACCCCAACUCAUUAGUCCCCGCGGACUCACUACCGUCUGAAGAAAGCCUCUUCAAGAUGAUGAUGAUGCGAUCACCUGAAUGGACGAAAGACGGGGUGAUGAGGAAUCUUGCUGCCUACGCCUCGCUUGAGUCAUAG